GCAUUGCCCUGAUUAACUCUUCCACAAAAUUUAGCAAACUCACCCUAUUCCAGCGCGCGAAAAUCUUAGCUUCAAAAAGAAUUCGUAUUCUAAUUACAAUUUUUGCAUCUUUGAGUUUUUGUUCUUCUCUUUAAGCUGUUUUGAAGAAGGGCAGCAUUGGAUCGAUCGUUUAAUUUAUUUUCACUUAUUGUACCCCUAACCCCGAUGUCCGUGAGCACGCAGGCCUUUAGCUUAAAGACUCGUCAACUCAUCGUCGACGAGGAUGAGCUUUUCACGGAGGAGGACCGCAUCCUUAAGGAGGCCACCAAAGGUUCCGACUGCACCACGAGGCGAAGGGCUUGCAAGAAUUGCGUGUGCGGCCGCGCGGCGUUGGAGAGGAAGCUCGAGGCGGAGGGUAAGCUUCCGCCGGAAGGGAUUAGCGGCAUGCCGUUUGUACCAACGGGUGGCUGCGGAAAUUGCGCAAGGGGGGACGCCUUUCGGUGCGCCGGCUGCCCAUACCUUGGCCAACCAGCCUUUGAUAAUACCACCGAUGGAAAGGUUAAGCUAAACCUCACAGAUGAUAUUUGAGGGUUGGGUCUUUUUUUAUUGAAUUGCUUUUGCGUUGCAUGCUUUCGUUGUCAACGUAACCAUAAACACGGAUACUUUAUUUUUGUUGGCCCUUUUUUUCUUCUUAAGGAGACAAUUAUUCAUGAACAGUCACGGGACAGAUAAUCACUUACCAGACGCUUUGCUUAUAUCUUGCAGGAAAUUAAAUGCGGUUUAUAAGUACAUUGUCGCUAUUGCAGUUCUUAUUUUUAGUUUUUAUCAUAGCAAGAUUGUUCGCUUAAUUAUUGAGAAACAAACCAUGUGCUAUGUCAUAAUACAUUCUUAAGCUGUAUCAAAAA